AUGGGGGUGACUUUGAGUGAGAAGGUCGAGUUGGACUCAUAUCAACUCAAGGAUGUGGAUCAAACUUUGUAUGUGCAAUGGAGGGACAAAAGGCCAUUGAUAGUUGGUCUGGUGACUUUGGAGAUCAUUAUUGUGGAUUUUCAACAUCAGUUCUUCCCUAGAGAGAUGAGGGAGGAAAAGGUUAGGGAUUUGAUCAAUCUUCGGCAACGAGGGAAGAGUGUUCAUGAGUACUCUUUGGAAUUCGUUAAGUUUUCCAAAUAUUAUCCUUCUUUAGUCUCCAUUCCUAGAGACCAAAUGAGCCGUUUUGUGACGGGGGUGUCGGAGGAUUGCCAAUCGGCCAUGCUACAUGACAACAUUACAUUUCCGUCUUAUGGUCUACCCAAGAAGGGUUGA